AUGUCUGAAACUACUGGUCGAUGUAGCAUAGAAAGCACACUAAAUCCCAGCAACCUGUCCGUCAACAAACAGAUCAUGCUUGACUGGCUUCGAAUCAAUCACCCCAUGACUCCUAUCAAAUCCGGGGCUAAAAAAGCAGAGGUGGCUAAGAUUGUCAGAGACGUACAACCUCACCGUGAACGCAUGUCAAAGCGUCCUGCGUCCCACAAUUUGGAAGUUCCCAAACUGGACAAACGUGUCCUUUCUCUUGGAUAUAUCUCCUCUAAGCAAAUCAAGGUGGAGUUUGAGGUGGAGGCGAGUCAACUCGGUGAAGGUUCAAAAAUGAGAAUGGAGCAAAAACUCUCAGACCUACCUUUCUAUCUCAUGUCUUAA